AUGGCGGAAGUUGAGAAUGGCUCUGCCAAUGAGCCAACCCAAACAUCUCCGGCUCUGUCGCAGGCAGACAACAAAGAGCAUGGGGCAGAUGUUUCCACGCACUCCGAAGCCCCCGAUGCUAUCGAGGAAGACAAACCCACGAUCCCCGAGGAGACGGAACGCCAAAAUAUCGAUGUGGAUGCUUCAAAGCACCACAAGCUAGUACACAGCGAAUUGGACUCUACUGAACCUGCUGAGCUUGUAGAAACAUCUUCAGCCCCGAAGGACGCUGUCGAGACCCCAACAUCCGAACUAAAGCCAUCGCUCCAGUCGGAUGCCAAGGAGGAAAAUGCAGAUAACUCACAAGAUGGUAGCGAGGAAGUUGGCCCUGAACAGAGCUCUCCCGACGAGACCCCCGAUAGAGACUCUGUACCACCCCAAGAUGUCCCUGUUCCGGAUCCUCGCGUGCGCUCGGAUUCGAGGUCAACGACUGCUACAUUUGCGACACAUCGUUCAGUUCCCGUUAGCUCCACUGUCUUCAUUGUAACAGCACUUGACAUGAUUGGCGCAUCCCGAGAAGCUCGGAGAACUAAAGAAUUGGAGGACGCCGUGAAGAGUGCUGUUGCGAAUGUAAAGCAGUCGGAUGGCCAACCCAUAGAUCCGGAGGUCAUCUUUCGCCCUUUACUUCUUGCAACCAAGACUCUUAGCGUCCCCUUGCAAGUGACGGCACUCGAUUGUAUCGGAAAACUUAUUACCUAUUCAUACUUCGCUUUCCCUAGUGCCCAGGACGGCAAUGUCUCCCAAACCGAUCCCACGCAAGAGCAGCCACCGCUGAUUGAACGAGCUAUCGAUGCGAUCUGCGACUGUUUCGAGAACGAAGCCACACCUAUUGAGGUCCAACAACAAAUCCUAAAAUCACUCCUUGCGGCGGUUUUGAACGACAAAAUUGUGGUGCACGGAGCUGGUCUCCUUAAAGCUGUCCGCCAGAUAUACAACAUUUUCAUAUACUCUAAGUCCAGUCAAAACCAGCAGAUCGCUCAGGGAUCUUUGACUCAGAUGGUCAGCACAGUCUUUGACCGAGUUCGUGUGAGGCUUGAAUUGAAAGAACUACAUAUGCGUGAUGGCGAAAAGGCACAGGGGUCCUCUUCUGACACUGUGACCCUGGAUCCUGCGGAAACCCCUCAAACCAACGAGGAAGACCAAGCGUCUGACGUCGCCUCUGCUACCGUCCCGGAUCAACCCGUUGCUAAGGAGCCUACCGAGAAGUUGACAUUGCAAAGUUUCGAGUCGAACAAAGAUAUCACAUCUGUGAAUGACAACGCCCCAACAACAGUUACACGCGCCAAGGCCCGCCAGACCCCAGCGAGGUCCUUAUCAAUUUCGGGGGAGGAAAGAGAAGACGGCGAAAUUCUAGAUGAGGAUGAAGACGAAGUAUAUGUUAAAGAUGCUUUCCUGGUUUUCCGGGCUCUGUGCAAGCUGAGUCACAAGAUUCUUAGCCACGAACAACAGCAGGAUUUGAAGUCUCAAAACAUGAGAUCAAAACUGCUGUCUCUGCACCACAUUCACUAUCUAAUCAACACCCACAUUGCUGUUCUCACGUCCCCUCUGUUGACGAUCAAGCAAAGCUCCAACAGCUCGGAUGCUAUGACUCUUCUACAAGCUGUUCGGCCUCACCUCUGCCUAAGUCUUAGCCGAAAUGGCUCCAGCUCGGUGCCAAGAGUGUUCGAGGUGUGCUGUGAAAUUUUCUGGCUUAUGCUCAAGCAUAUGAGAGUGAUGAUGAAGAAAGAACUUGAGGUGUUCUUGAAAGAGAUCUAUCUGGCUAUACUUGAGAAGCGAAACGCGCCCGCUUUUCAGAAGCAAUAUUUUAUGGAAAUCUUAGAAAGAUUGGCAGACGACCCGCGUGCAUUAGUUGAGCUAUAUCUCAAUUAUGACUGUGACAGGACAGCACUGGAGAACAUUUUCCAAAAUAUCAUCGAACAACUUUCUCGGUAUGCCAGUGUACCAGUCUCCAUUACUGCAGCCCAGCAGCAUCAAUUCCAGGAGCACCAUGUCAAGAUCUCUCGUUUGGGACUUGAGUGGCACCAACGUGGUACUUUGCCUCCGACUCUUACUACCGCGAAUGUAGCCAACAUUCAACAGCCUAAUCUGCAGGGUGUUCCUUCUGAGUAUACUCUCAAGCACCAGUCGGUUGAAUCUUUGGUGGAGAUACUGCAAUCGUUAGACAACUGGGCCUCUCAGCGUAUGGCUGAUCAAGCUGUCCCCAAUAUCUCGUCUCAAAAAUCCAUUGACAAUCCGAGAGAGUCAUUGGAUACAAAUGCCGGUGCAUUCCUUUCAUCCCCAAGGGUCGACGUUGUCGAGGGUAGUACCGGUCGGUCAACACCAGUGGCAGAAGAUGAUCCAAGCCAGAUGGAGAAAGUCAAGCAAAGAAAGAUUGCACUCAUGAAUGCCGUCCAGCAGUUUAAUUUCAAACCUAAGCGUGGCAUCAAACUAUUCAUACAAGAAGGUUUUAUCAAGUCCGAUCCUGUCGAGAUUGCGUCCUUGUUAUUCCGUAAUGACCGGCUAGACAAGGCUAUGGUAGGAGAAUACCUCGCGAAGUUCACAAAGCGGCGUUUCGUUGAUGCUCUCCGUGGCUUCCUGCAACAUUUCCGUCUGCCUGGAGAGGCCCAAAAGAUCGAUCGUUUCAUGCUCAAGUUUGCAGAGCGCUACACAACCCAAAAUCCAAAUGCUUUCGCAAAUGCUGACACGGCUUACGUUCUUGCGUACUCCGUCAUCUUGCUUAACACAGACCUGCACAGCAGCAAGAUGAAGGGACGUCGUAUGACGAAGGAGGAAUUCAUAAAAAACAACAGGGGCAUCAAUGAUAAUCAGGACUUACCUGAGGAAUAUCUUACGUCUAUUUACGACGAGAUUGCAGGUAAUGAAAUUGUUCUUGAUACGGAGAGAGAACACGCUGCAAACGUAGGAAUGCCCACGGGCGCACCCGGAGGGUUGGCAUCAAGGGCUGGACAAGUCUUUGCAACUGUGGGGAGGGACAUCCAAGGCGAAAAGUACGCUCAGGCCUCCGAAGAAAUGGCUAACAAGACCGAGCAACUUUAUCGAAGCUUGAUUCGGGCGCAACGAAAAACGGCAGUCAGGGAGGCUCUCUCACGGUUUAUUCCUGCUACCUCUGUUCGACACGUUGGUUCUAUGUUCAAUGUCACUUGGAUGUCUUUCCUUUCCGGCCUAUCUGCUCCAAUGCAGGACACCCAAAACCUUGAAAUGAUUAAACUGUGCAUGGAAGGAAUGAAGUUGGCAAUCCGAAUUAGCUGUUCUUUUGACUUGGAGACUCCUCGAGUUGCAUUUGUGACGGCUCUGGCCAAGUUCACGAACUUGGGCAACAUUAGAGAAAUGGUGGCGAAGAAUGUCGAGGCUUUGAAAGCUCUACUUGAUGUAGCACUUACAGAAGGGAACUACCUCAAAAGCUCCUGGAGAGAGAUCCUCACAUGCGUUAGCCAGCUUGAUCGGCUCCAACUUCUCACUGACGGCGUUGACGAAGGAUCAUUGCCCGACGUUUCACGGGCGCGUAUUGUGCCUCAAGCAUCGUCAGAUGGUUCCCGAAAAUCCUUCCAGUCAUCAAGACGGCCGCGUCCUCGAUCAAUCAACGGUCCUACGGCCUUCCGCACCGAAGCUGCAAUGGAAAGCCGAUCUGCUGAGAUGAUCAGGGGUGUAGAUCGAAUCUUCACAAAUACAGCCAAUCUCUCUCAUGAAGCCAUCAUUGACUUUAUCCGGGCGCUGAGCGAAGUAAGUUGGCAAGAGAUCCAGUCUUCCGGACAAACCGACUCUCCCCGUACGUACAGUUUGCAAAAGCUCGUUGAGAUUAGUUACUAUAACAUGACGAGAGUCAGGAUAGAAUGGUCAAAGAUUUGGGAAGUCCUUGGACAGCAUUUCAACCUUGUUGGAUGUCAUUCCAACACAACAGUGGUCUUUUUUGCGCUAGACUCGCUUCGUCAGUUGUCGAUGCGCUUUAUGGAGAUCGAAGAACUUCCAGGUUUCAAGUUUCAAAAAGAUUUCCUCAAGCCAUUUGAACAUGUCAUGGCUAAUAGCAACGCGGUAACCGUGAAAGACAUGAUUCUGCGAUGCCUUAUUCAGAUGAUUCAGGCCCGUGGAGAUAACAUUCGCUCUGGCUGGAAAACGAUGUUUGGCGUCUUCACAGUCGCUGCUCGCGAGCCCUAUGAGGGCAUUGUGAAUAUGGCUUUCGAACAUGUUACCCAGAUAUAUAACACCCGGUUUGGCAUUGUGAUCACGCAGGGUGCUUUCCCCGAUCUGGUCGUAUGCUUGACAGAGUUCUCUAAAAAUUCGAAGUUCCAGAAGAAGUCGUUACAGGCUAUCGAAACUUUGAAGUCAACCGUCUCAAAAAUGCUCAGAACGCCUGAAUGUCCUCUCUCUCAUCGUGGAUCAUCAGCUGAAGAAUUCCAAGAUGAAAAUACAAACCUUGCCAAGCAACUUAGCCGUCAAUCUAAGGAGGAACAGUUCUGGUACCCUAUCCUAAUUGCGUUCCAAGACGUAUUGAUGACUGGUGACGACCUUGAGGUUCGCUCACGAGCUUUGACGUAUCUUUUCGAAACGCUGAUCAGAUAUGGUGGCGAUUUCCCUCAAGAGUUCUGGGAUGUUCUCUGGAGACAGCUGCUUUAUCCUAUCUUCGUUGUAUUGCAGUCCAAGUCGGAAAUGUCUAAAGUACCUAACCACGAAGAGCUAUCUGUGUGGCUAUCCACUACGAUGAUUCAAGCAUUGAGAAACAUGAUUACCCUUUUCACGCAUUACUUCGAUGCGUUAGAAUACAUGCUGGGCCGCAUACUGGAGCUCCUUACACUAUGCAUUUGUCAAGAGAACGACACUAUCGCGCGAAUCGGCAGUAACUGUUUACAACAGUUGAUCUUGCAGAAUGUUAUGAAGUUCAAGCAGGAGCACUGGGAGAAGGUGGUUGGUGCCUUCGUGGAGCUUUUCAGCAAGACUACUGCCUACGAAUUGUUCACAGCUGCAGCAGCCAUCUCUACAAAGUCUUCCGAGUCGCACAAAUCCACCAACGGGGAAGCCGCAAGCAAUGAGGGAGGUGCACAAGAGACUACUGAAACAUCCUCAGCACGGGAAAGCCUUACCGACGCUUCGAAAACUAACGGACUGCAAAAUGUGACACAUGAGCAUGAGGAAGGAGAUAUGCCUACCGCUGCCAACUCUGGGCUGGAAGACUACAGACCACCUGCCGAGGUACAGCAACAGCCAGCUGCGGUCACUGCUGCCCGUCGUCGGUACUUCAACCGCAUCAUAACGAACUGCGUCCUUCAAUUGCUUAUGAUCGAAACUGUUCAUGAACUCUUCUCCAACGACAAGGUUUAUGCGCAGAUUCCGAGCCAUGAGCUUCUUCGACUGAUGGGGCUGCUGAAGAAGAGUUACCAGUUCGCGAAGAAAUUCAACGAGGACAAAGAACUGCGCAUGCAGCUUUGGCGCCAAGGAUUCAUGAAGCAGCCGCCAAACCUUCUCAAGCAGGAGAGUGGAAGUGCUGCAACCUACGUCCACAUCCUUUUCCGUAUGUACCAUGAUGAGAGGGAAGAAAGGAGGAAUAGCCGUGCAGAAACAGAGGCUGCACUCAUUCCACUUUGUGCCGAUAUAAUUCGCAGUUUUGUCCUUCUUGACGAAGAUUCGCAGCAUCGAAAUGUGCUUGCCUGGCGUCCCGUAGUGGUAGACGUGCUGGAAGGAUACACGAACUUCCCUUCUGAAGGCUUUGACAAGCACAUCCAAACCUUCUACCCGCUAUCUGUUGAUCUUCUCGGUCGCGACUUGAACCCUGAAAUACGCAUAGCGCUUCAAUCAUUACUUCGCAGAAUCGGUGAAGCAAAAUUGGGAAUCCCUGCUAUGCAAGCACCUGUUAGCGCGAGAAGCUCGGUCUCCCAUCGCAAAGACAGCGUCGGACGUUGA